UCGUUGUCGUCUUGCUCUGUCCUCUGAUAUGAGGUCAGUGGCGUCAUCAUUGGCGACAAUGAAAGCGGCACUCAAGCUACAUUCGGCCUGUCACAACUUUGACGUGUGCUCCGCCAGUUGCCAUGCCAUUUUCGGGCCGCCUUGCUCGGUUUCCAUGUGUUCUUUCCCGGUGAGAAGAGGUUUGCGACAAGGCGAUGAGGAUGAGUCAGAGGGCCUUUACAAUCAAGACAAGGGUUGACACUGCAGGAGACAAAAGCAACAACGCCCAAUCGGGCUCUCUGCCCCGACUCAACCCACAGGCGCGCACCGUGGUCUUUCAAACCAAAACGCAGAUUCAUAAAACCACCCCGGACAAGAAAUUUAAUCCGUAUAAGAAAACAGAAGAAAUUAAGCUGAAGUUACCUCCAAUCAAUAGUGUUUCAAAGACUAGGCUCCAUUCGUCUUACUCAAACAGCAUUAAUGAGCUGAAAAACCAGAACUAUGACCUGAAGCUCCAGCUGGUAGAGGUAAAGACAGAAACUAAGCUGUUGAAAAAAGUUCAACAACGCCACACAGUGGCACUGCAGCAUUUUCAAGACUCUGAGGAGUGCGUUUCUGAGGUGCUAAAUCAGAACGACGGUGAGGUUCGAGACUUGCAAAAGUUGCUCUGUGGGACGCGCACCUGCCGUAACAACCUGGCCUGGAAGCUGCAGGUCACCGAGAAGGAGCUGACGAAUGUUAAAGACAGGAUCAAUCACCUCCAGCAGAGGGUCAUCAAGGAGCAGGCCUUGCCAGCGAAGGACGAACUAUCUCGCAAGCUGAAUGAAGUCUCCAUAGAGCUAACUGAGAAGGACAAGCGGAUAAAUGAUUUGGAAAAGUGCAACAAAUUACUACGAGGCUCCCUUAAUCGCCAAGCAGCAUCAGAACUCAGGAAAAUAAACACGGCCAGGAAGACAUCCUUCUGUCUACAAACACAAGUUUAUGAAUUAUCCAAGGAAACGCGGGACAUAAAAAGAGAGCUGGAGAUUCACAAUAUUUAUGCCUUCAGACUCCAGAACCAAAACCUACCCAAAAAGAAAGGCAAAAUAAACAAGAUGGUCCAGACUGAGGUAGUAGUCUCCACGCCUUGCAGUGAUCUUGAAAGUCGUCUUAAGUCGGAAAUGUCUGAGUCUGAAGAUAAACGGCAAAUUAGUGAGAAUCUUGCCUCCAAUACAAUUCCUGAGACACGCGUAUACCAGGAGAGUGUACCCCAGGAAUCAUAUACGAUUGAAGGCCCAAGGAGUGACCUGGACGAUAGUCAGACUCCAGUUCCAGACAUUAAGGACAUUUCCUCUCAGCCAUCGGAAGGCAAGUUCAUUACUGACGAUGAUGCGUCAGAAAAGAAGAAGUCCGAGUUGGUCCCGGAGCAGCCAGCGAAAAAGGAAUCUAAGGUGGUCUGGGUCCCAACGCCACCUCAACCGAAAUCGGUUGGACGUUCUAAACUCCAGAGACGUAAAUAUUUUUUCUCACCAGUGGUUGAGAAUAUGCACAGGGGGAAACCAGCCUACCCCGGGCUGACCCUAAGUGAAUACAGAUUAUUACAGAGACAUAAGAAAGGGGUCAGAAUUGGUCGACCAUCUUCUGCAAAGUCAACUGUUUGCAAAUCAGAAAUCACAGAAACUAGCUCCCCGCUCUCGGUCCAAACGCCCCAACCUGAAGUGGUCCCUUCUGUGACACCAGCAGUCUCUGAUUUGGAGUCAAACCAUACUGACUCAAAAACAUGAGCUCAAUGUUUACGCAACUCUGUUGAGUAUUUGACAUUUUUGCCCUGCUAUCAUUUUGUACAAGCUGGUUUUAACAGCAGUCUAUUUUGAAGGAUCAAGAUUUCUUUUUUUUUUACUCGACUGGAAUUAAAACUGAACCUAAGCAGAAUAAAUGCACACUCCCAACUCCAAAUUAGGUGAAAAUGCUCCUGCACAAUAAUCACUCUGGAGGGGUCAAUAAAAGCUAAGAUUUAGCAUGAAAAAUACUUUUGGGCAGUCUCUGAUGUAGUUGUCGUCUCACCACUGACAGUGUAAAGUCAUCUUCUCCAGGUAGCAUUUAAUGAACCUGAGUUGUCAGUGUAAAGUCUUUAAGAAUAGACCACUGAUUAUUAUCAAAUAUAAGAAAUUUAGUUUAAUGUGCAAGAAGGGUUAAAAAUGUACAGAUGAUAAUGCACGCUACCUCAGUUUUCAUGUGUUAGUCUAGUGGAUUGUGUAUUUUAAUUUUUUUUUUUUUUUUUUUUUUUAAAGCUCCCUCUCACCUACCUCAGUCAAUUAGAGUCCUGCAAUUUUUUUUUUGGUAAUAUCUGUAGGACUCAUUAGGCAUAUUAGAAGUCCUGGGACUAUUUGGUUUAUACCAGUGAUUGGUAGAACACUGAUUUGACCAUUGACGUUAUCUACCUCGGCUCUCUUGCAUUGGAUAUUUGAAUUAUUUGUCUUUCUUUGUGAAAGAGCUCUAAAGGUUUGACUCAUGAUUUGGCAGUUUUGCCAAAUCGUUCAUUGUCCAUUGUAUAACCAUGGACUUGGCUAUUGGAUUUGGAUUUUAAGAUGCAGGUUCAAGACCAAAGGAGCAAAAAUGCUGAAGAGCAGAGGACUUAUUAUGGCUCAAUGGAAACACUAUCUGCUUUGUUCUGCUACGAGUGCUUGCGCAAUGGACCAAACCCCCAACUUUUUAGGGUAUGACUGUUUAUGCAGAUCCAUUUGUACAUGCAUAUGUGUAUUCUGGU